AUGGCUCGAGGAGAAGGCGACACAAGUUUGAGAAGUAAUUUUGUGGAAAGGGUGGUCAAACUGCCCAUCGUCAAUGUAGCUUGGGGUUAUGCUACCAACACUUAUACUCAUAUUAAAGAGUCCAACAAACUCGUUAAUUUCACGCUAACUAAUGCGGAAAAGUCCGUAACAUUCGUAGCAGGGCAAGCGAAACCAGUUGUUCUGAAAUUCGAAAAGCAAAUCCAAGCUGUUGAUGAUCUUGCUUGUAAAGGUCUCGGCACUCUAGAAGAAAAAAUCAUUGGAGACACUAGAAAAUUGUAUACGGACACUGUUUACUCAAGGCUAGAAGGAAUUUUGAAUAUCGGUAAUGGCGCAGUGACAUCUGUUACAUCUUAUGGGAAGAGGACAGUUGACACUAUUCUUUCGAAUCAGGUGGUAAAAUCAGCUCUAACAUUUGUUGAUGACUUUCUGAUAGGAGCUACUGAAGGUUACAUUGACCGCUUUCUGCCUCCUGAUGCUAAAGAAAAAGAUGCUCUCAAGAAGGAGAAAGAAGAAAAGGUUUCGACGCUUACCCGACUAGUUAACAUUGCCAGGACGGUUCGAAACAGGACGUACAGGCAGUUAGUUUUGAAAGUAGAGUAUGCUCAGGAGUGGGCUUUGGAUUUGGUCAUUUCAUAUCCCAUCGAAGCGAUCGAAUUUACCAAAAGUCGCUUCAAUGCAGCUGUUGAGUAUGUCAAUAAACUGUGGGCGAAUCUGGCGCAAGACAAAAAAGACAAUGAAAAAGCAGAAGAAAAGUCUCAUGUUCAACGGCAGCUUCUACAUCUGGCAAGGCAGGCAACUAGACGACUAACUACAGUUUAUUCCGCGAUGGCGCAGGCUCCAUCCAACACCAGAGAUUCCAACCAGAAACCGUCGCAAGGUCCAGUUACUGCUAUAACGAAUAGUGCAUUAUGGGCCGUUGGAAUGUUACGAGUGAUACCUUCCCUUCUACCUGUGUACAUUUUCGGACUUUUGGCAUGGCUUAAUGAGAAGAAAAGUAAAAAAGAAGUCGUUGAACAACCAAAGGAGGAAUCGAAAGAAAAUGGAUUAGUUCAGAAGGAUAAGAAAAGUCGCAGUGCCAACAGUUGCAGCCACAAUUCCUCCAAAGCUGAAGAUAAAAUUGAGCAAAAUUGUCAUAACAGCAUUCCAGAAGAACAGUAUCAACAAAGCAGCUGAGCUGAAUGCAGAAAGUGAAACACAUCAUGCAUCUUUAAACAUUCAGUCCCAAUGCUGACAUUUGGAUUUAAUUAUAUGUAUUUUAUAUAGUGUGUAUGAGUCACGUGUAGUUCAUUAUCGUUAUUUUUUUGUACUGUAUAUGAAUAAAUGUGAUUUUUUGUUUGUUUAAA